CUCUUCUUCUUUGGCUGGCCCGCCCCCCCUCCCUCUCCUCUCUCUUCCCCUCCUCCUCCCCUCUCCGCCCCACCCCCGCGUCUCCGGCGAGGGCUCAGGCCGCGGCCCCGUCGACUCGCGCACCUUCUCCGGCAGAGCGCCUCCUCGGCGGAAACAGCGGUCUCGCGGGAGCUCCCUUCCCCUCCCCCAAGGUCUGCGGCGCCGGAUUGGCCUCAUCAGCUCGAAGAUCUCGAUUUUGUUUCCAAGGAAGGAAGGGCUCCUCGUCGCAAAUCUCGAUCUGUGGACUGGUGGGCAGAAAGACUCGCCUUUUAUGGGGCAACCCCGUGAGAAGCCCGUGCCAUGAUUGGGGCAUCAGGGGAGGAGAGGCAGUGGUAGGAGGUACAGCAGGAGGCAGGAGCAGAAGAGCAGGCAAGGAUAGGCAGGACCAAGGAAAAGGAGAGGAGGGAGCUCUCCAUGGGAGGAGAGCCCCUCCUCACCUCCCUCUCCAUGGAGAACAGCAACAGCCAUCCCUGCACCCUCCUCUCCAUGGACCCCGCGGGGUCGCACCCGGCCUCAGCCGAGUCCUCCGGCGGCGGCGGCGCCGGCGCCGUCAACGGGGUCGGCGCCAGUGCUGACAGGGAGCUCUUCAUCAUUCCGCGGCAUGAGUCUGUGCGUCAAGGCCCGCCGGACAUCAACGUCCCGCUGUCGGCAGACCCCUCCCCGCCGCCUGCAUUGUGGAGCCUCGACACGUUUGACAUUUUCGAUGUCGGCCUUGGCACGCACACUCAUGAGUCUGAGGUUGCGCUGACGCUUCCAAAGUCGAGCGGCAACGGCAGUGCUGCAGUCGGCGUCGGCGCGAGGAAGUGCGCUAAGAGGGGGGACAGCAUUUGGGGAGCUUGGUUCUUCUUCAAUCACUACUUCAGGCCUGCACUUGUGGAGAAGGCAAAGGAGAAGGUGACGCGGGACGCGUCUGGGAGCAUCACCGGCUUUGACAAGUCCGAUCUCCGCCUUGAUGUCUUCCUGGUGCAGCAUGACAUGGAGAACUUGUACAUGUGGGUUUUUAAGGAACGGCCUGACAAUGCCCUUGGGAAGAUGCAGCUCCGUAGUUUCAUGAAUGGGCAUUCCAAGCACGGGGAGCCAUCUUUUCCAUUCAGUGCGGACAAGGGCUUUUCAAGGUCGCACCGCAUGCAGCGAAAGCACUACCGUGGUCUGUCCAACCCACAGUGCCUUCAUGGCAUUGAGAUUGUGAACUCACCAAACUUGUCGGCAGUUCCUGAGGCUGACAUGAAGAGGUGGGCUGAGCUUACAGGAAGGGACCUUAAUUUCUCAAUACCGGCUGAAGCGAGUGACUUUGAGUCAUGGAGAAAUCUUCCAAGCACUGAUUUUGAACUUGAUAGGCCACAGCCAGCAGCGUCAAAGGGCGUCGCACAUACCUCUCAUAAUAAUAAUCACAAGAAGGCACUGAAUGGUUCAGGUCUGAACCUAUCUACACCGCCGUCAUCAGACGAUGGGAUGGACCUUUCACCAAAGUGCCACAAACGCCGCAAGGACUUCUUUGGUCAUGGCGUAGAAGAGGAUUGUGCGAUGGCCAAUAAUUCCUGUUCUGAGAGAGAGCAAGAGGUAGAAGUCCACACUGGUGAGCCGUCAUGGAUGCAUGACUUCACUGGUGUGGCAAAGCACGCAAGUGGGCCUGUUACUGCUGCCAAGACUAUAUACGAGGAUGAUGAAGGCUACCUGAUAAUGGUGAGCAUGCUCUUAUCCGAUCCACACAGCGUGAAGGUCACCUGGAGGAACACGCUGACGCAUGGCGUCGUGAAGAUAACAUGUGUGAGCACCGCCCGGAUGCCCUUCAUUAAGAGGCACGACAGGACCUUCAAGCUGACCGACCCUUCCCCUGAGCACUGCCCUCCAGGCGAGUUCGUGAGGGAGAUACCUCUGGCCACAAGGAUCCCAGAGAACGCCAAGAUCGAAGCGUAUUAUGACGAGACCGGUACUGGACUGGAGAUCAUGGUACCAAAGCACCGGGUCGGGCCGGAGGAGCAUGAAGUCCAGGUGCUACAUCACUACAUUGGUGGUGAUCCCCUUGACUAUUCCUUUCUGUGAAACAUGGCAAAGCUAAUAGUACUCGUAUAUAUUCUGUCCCUGUAUAUUCCGAGGAUCGGGUUCAUAAUAAUGUGGACAGCUACUACUCAUGAGCAGAGUCUGUCGAUAUCGCUGUUGUAAUCAUUGUCCUAGGCAUCUUAGCAUACUUGUAUGUAUCGUACUAUAUAGGUAUGACCUGGAUCGCUCUCGGCAUAAAUGGGAACCUAAGAUUCUGUCUACCUGAAUCUGUUCUCGCGCCUGCUUUAUUCGUAGUGCUGAACCAAUGAUGUUCAGGGCCUGGUUUUCACAGCGGUGAUGCUGAAUCUCGCCGUUUCUGGCUCGCUCCGGCGCGCAUUUCUCGGUUCAUCCUGGCUCUUCUGGGUGCUGCGGCGUAAGCAAAGAUGACAUUUCUGCCUGUAUAUUCGCUGACUUGUAUGACCAGGAUCGUUUUGGUCUUGGAUGAAAAUCUGUUAUGUGACUUGAA